GCUGUGGAGAGAAAGGCGGCCGCGUCUGUUGAUAGCAUUCAAGUGCAAGAUUGUGCGUCACGGAAAUCCUCUGGCUCGACCAUUUGCGUGCCGUGCCUUCCGUGAUUGUGUGUGACGCCCCGGGAUUAUAGAGCGGCGAAAAUGGGUGACCCCGAUCACCGCGUCCAACCACUGAGCAUCGCCGUUGUCAACGGUGCGUCGGCUUCCUGGAGCUAACGGCACAGCGCCACGCACGCUCGGCUGUGAACCAUGGACUACAUCAGGGAGUUUGACAUCCGUCUCGAGAAAGAAAUGUACUACGCCGGUGAGAUUCUCUCGGGUCACAUCAUCGUGAACACAGUGGAGAACUUCAAACUACGAGCUAUUCGAGUGAUGCUCAGGGGCAAGGCGCACGCCGAGUGGAAAGUUGUGGUCAGCGGGGACCGGCGCACGGUCAAGGACGACCAAGUCUUCAUCGACGACCGGGCCAUUAUAUGGGGCAAAGAAAAAAGUGACGGCAGUCUACCCAUACUCCCACGGGGCCAGCACGCGUUCGCAUUCCGGUUCCAGCUGCCUGAAAGUAGCCUGCCGUGCUCGUUUGAGUCACGGCCGUGUACAGUGCGCUACUACGUCAAAGUCACCAUGGACAUCCCGUAUGCGUCGCCUCCGCAGGGCAUGAAGUACUUCACCAUCAUCGGGCCACACAUCGACUGCAUGGAGGAGCAGUAUCUCAAACCAUUGGUGGGCCAGGACAAGCGAGCAGUGUGCUGUCUCUGCUGCCAGAGGGGCGUGGUGAGCUUGCGUAGCGCCCUCGAACGGUCUGCCUACUGCUGUGGCGAGAGUUUGCGUCUCAAAGCCGACAUCGACAACCAGAGCGAGGAAGAAGUGAGGCUCAAGCUCAAGCUCGUGCAGCACGUCGAGUUCUUCAUUGACCGUGGCGUGCUGGGCGUGAACAAGGAGGCAACGCACACCGUGCUCGAGUACCGGGGCGACCAGGUUCAGCCGCACACGCGCCACAAGUUCGACAGCUCCAACAGCCUAGUGGUGCCCGUGAUGCCGCCCACUCUGGUCGGGGUGUGCCGCCUGCUGCAGAUGUACUAUGUGCUCAAGGUAUGGGUGGAAAUGGAGAAGUCCGGCGAUGACCUGGUGAUGAACUUUCCCAUCACCAUUGCCACCUGUCCAUUCAGAAUCCCAAACUCCAAGCAGGAGCCCUGCAUCGACUAUGCUGUGUGCUGCGACCACGUGGAAGGAGGGAUGUACAUCGGGCCCGAGUUUCAGCUGGGCCAAGUGUACGAUGGCUCCCUGGGUGUCGAAGAGGGCGAGACGGUGGUGUUGUACAGGCCGGUGUACGUGUCCAUUCGAAACCCUACUCGCGGGAGCAGCAACGCCACCGCCGGCGCGUCGUCUGCAACAGCUACGAGCGACGACUCGGUCGGCGUCGCGUAACGCUCCCGCGUCGCUUUUCCGCCACGGUUUCUGUUUUGCGCUAGACGGUCACGAAUCGCAGUACCGACCAGUGCAUCCGCCGACAAAAGAGAGAGAGAAGGUUAUUUAGCGACCACGUAGCACAGGCAUGUAUGCAAAAUAAACAUUAGAAAAUUGGGAAACGCUGCUUGAAUGCUUCCAGGGUUAAUUGUUUACGGCUCCGUGCCAUGCCUUGUAAAAAGUCCUGUGAGGCCUGAUAUCUUAAAACGUGUGGAACUGAGCUUGUUGGUAUAUCUUCGCUUGCCAGCGCCUGGUCCUGUUCUCUCUGUUGCGACGUCUUUCGCAGUCGGAAACCUAAUACUUUUUGCAGCUCAGUAUUCAGCGAAUAUUUUUUUGCCUCAUGAAGAAUUCGUCGACAGGUCUUGAGCAAAGGUGGGCAACGGAUGAAAGAAUACGAUGACGAGCGCUAAAGGCAAAUUUUUUGAUUUACUGAAACCCGCGGAUAAAUAAAUAUACAAUGCUUGGACGCUUGAUGCCCCAGCCAUCGCGUAAGAAGGAUGCCAUUUGC